GUGUCAUAUUUUCCAAUUAGCAGGUGAAACUUGUUAUUCCCUUUUUGUUGUUUGUUGUGAUCAUUUAUGUCCUGGUCGUCGUGGAUUUUUAGAAGCGAGAAGAAUAGGAAAUAAUAAUAAUAUAUUUUAUUAACGCUACAAUGGUUGACUCAAGCACAAGAAAAACUCUCAGCAACAUUCCAUUGCUGCAAACGCGAGCCGGACCACGCGACAAAGACUUGUGGGUGCAACGUCUGAAGGAAGAAUAUCAAGCACUUAUUAAGUAUGUGCAAAACAAUAAGGAAUCUGGCACUGAUUGGUUUCGCUUGGAAUCGAACAAGGAAGGCACACGUUGGUUUGGAAAAUGUUGGUGUAUGCACAAUCUACUAAAAUAUGAAUUCGAUGUGGAGUUCGAUAUACCGGUAACUUUUCCCACGACAGCGCCGGAAAUAGCACUACCUGAACUGGACGGCAAAACUGCAAAAAUGUAUCGUGGUGGUAAAAUAUGUCUGACAGAACACUUUAAGCCUUUGUGGGCGCGUAACGUACCGAAAUUUGGUAUUGCACAUGCAAUGGCUUUAGGGCUGGCGCCAUGGGUUGCUGUCGAAAUACCAGAUCUUAUAGAAAAGGGCAUUAUCACCUACAAGGAAAAAUAAUUUUUGCUCCUCCUAUGAAAAUCCUUAUUAACUUGAUCAAAACUACGUAGAACAAAAAUGCUUAUGAAGAAAGUUUUUAAAAUGUUAACCGGCCCGGCAGCAACUGUAAUAAAUUUUGGUAUAAAAACGGUA